AUGUCCCCGGCACCAGUUCCUCCCUUGCCGUCAUUCAUCUCUCACGUCGCCGACCUGUACGACGCGUACAUCCUCCCUCAGCUCCCCUCACCUGUGCAAUCCAUAUCCAACAACCUGUCCCCCCUCCUCACCUCAAUCCUCUCAGCCGCCUCCAACGGCGACCUCGUCUCGCUCGCCGCCUUUCUACUCACCGUCUACCUCACCCUGAAAAUCGCAGACUACAUCCGUCGCUCCGUCAUCGGGUGGGUGGUCCUCCUCGUCAAAAUCGCCAUGGUCCUAGUGGUGCUCAACUGCGUGUUUUACGUCAAUCGGUACGGCUGGCAAAAGGCGCUGAACGAUGCCGAGUGGAUCUUUGGAAUGGUCUGGGGCUUUGUCGAGGGUAAAAUCGCCAAUGCGGGAGAUGGCUCGGAUAACAGGACGGGAUGGGCCCAGAAUCAGAACCCUUGGGGUGGUGUGUAUGGAGGUGGAAGACAACAGGUUCCUGUCGCGCGAGGCAGAUCAUCAAAGGGGAAAAGCGGGUUCGGAUGGACGUGA